CAGACGACGAUCGUCUGCCCCGUGCGUCAAUCAAUUAAUUUAAUCUUCCCUUAUCCGAACGAUCCGAGACACAAAAUUAUCACUCCAAGACCAGAACAAAAUCUUGAAAAAGAGAACAAGAUGCCUCUGUGGCGGACGAAAUCCAACCAUAGCCAGGAGAGCGGCAACGCUGCGCUAGAAAGCGAUCCCAAGAACGACCCCGUUGCGUCGGCGUCUCAGGCUGCGGGGACGGAAUGGCUCGCCGGACAUUUAAACCACCUCACUGAGGACCAGGAAAAGAAGCUACAGGAGUUCAAAAAACUGUGUGAGGAGAACGGAUAUUAUAAGCCCGGGAGCGAAAAGGAGGAGGCAAGCCAUGAUGAUGCGACGAUGUUGCGGUUUCUACGCGCCCGCAGAUUCGACGUGAAUGGCGCCUGGGGCCAAUUCAAGGAUACCGAAGAUUGGCGCAAAGAGAAUGCCAUCGAGUCGCUGUAUGAGAAUAUUGACGUGGAGUCGUACGACGCCGCGAGGAGGAUGUAUCCUCAGUGGACAGGCCGUCGCGACCGCCGGGGUAUCCCCGUUUACGUGUUCGAGAUCAAGCACCUGAACAGUAAGAAUAUGGCCGCUUAUAACAAUACCAUGUCCGAUCCUUCCGCGACGGCGGAAACACACAAGUCUUCCAAGGUCCCGCAGCGUCUUUUGCGCCUCUUCGCCCUUUACGAGAACCUCCUCCGUUUCGUCAUGCCCUUGUGCUCACAAUUGCCUCGCCCGCACCCCGACACCCCCAUUGUGAGCUCGAACAAUAUUGUCGAUGUUAGCGGUGUUGGAUUGAAGCAGUUCUGGAACUUGAAGGGUCACAUGCAAGAUGCGAGUGUGCUGGCCACGGCACAUUAUCCGGAGACAUUGGAUCGCAUAUUUAUCAUCGGUGCUCCUUCUUUCUUCCCGACCGUUUGGGGUUGGAUUAAACGCUGGUUUGAUCCGGUCACAACAUCCAAGAUCUUUAUCCUCUCUUCUGCGGAAGUCCUACCGACCCUUAGUUCAUUUAUGGAUCUAUCCACUAUCCCCAAGCAGUACGGUGGUCAGCUAGACUGGCAGUGGGGCGACAUGCCAAACCUUGACGGAGAAGCUCGGAAACUUGUCGGCGGAUUGGAGACUCCUCCCCCCGAGGGGGAGACCAAACCCAUUUUCAUGAAAGGACCUGUCCUGUUCAAGGGCGACCAUGUCGAGAUUCUGGGUAAGGUGAACGGCGAGAGCCGUAAGAGCAGUAUUCCUGUGCCGGUGUCCCAAGCCGCUGCGCCGACUACCGAAAACCCGGAACAGCAGAAAUCAGACGAUGCCCUCGCCGCGGAAGUCAGCGAAAAGCUCGGUCUGGAGAGUGGCACCACCGAGAAGACCGCAAAUGGAGACGUCGCUGCUUAAUCUUGUUCGUUCUACUAGAAUACCAUUCCACAUCCUUUUUAAUUCUUCAUCAGCGUCUGAAGAUUGGCGUCAUGGUGGAGUCUAGCUAUUGCAUGUCUAGACGAGUCAUCCUCUUUAUUUGUUCUUAUUCUUCAUAUCUCUGUCAUCAACCUCUAUACUUGGUUUGUUCGGUUCUGUUAGAUUAUUUUCGGCUUUCUCUUUAUACCUGGCUACUACUUACUUUAUCAAGAUACAUAUAUCGGGGU